AUGCCGCUCGUCCUGAUUUCCGGCUACCCGUCGUCCGGCAAGACGCACCGCGCCCUGCAGCUGCUCGACUUUUUCCGCGACAAGAUUGCGCAGCUCGCCCCGACGGACGCACGCAUUGCGCGCCUGAAGGUCCACCACAUCAAUGACCAGACACUCGGCCUGCACCGCGAUGUCUACCACACGGCCCGCGCAGAGAAGGACGCACGCGCCGCCGAGGCUUCUGCCGUAAAGCGUGUCUUGGGCCGGGACGAUAUCGUUAUUGCCGACGGCAUGAACUACAUCAAGGGCUUCCGAUACCAGCUAUAUUGCGAGGCCAAGGCUAUGCAGACCCCUAGCUGUGUUGUGCACGUAGGGACCUCUAUCGAAAAAUGCCGCGAGAUCAACAAUCGCCUGCUCGCCGACACCACCGCCGAUGGCGGCUACGUCGAGGAGGAUUUUGAGAACCUAGUCUUCAGAUACGAGGAGCCCAAUGGCAUGACGCGCUGGGACAGCCCUCUGUUCACCGUCGUGUACGAUGACGAGACGCCGCCAUUGGAGCAGAUUUGGGAUGCCAUGGUGGGCAAUGACGGCAAAGCCAAAGUCGUUAGGCCAAAUGCCGCAACAGUCCUGAAACCGGCGACGGAGCAGAACUACCUCUACGAGCUCGACAAGACGACUUCUGACAUUGUGUCACACAUUGUGUCCUGGCAAAAGGAUCACCCGGGCGAAGAGGGUGGUGAAGUCUCAAUCCCCGAUGCCGAAAACGCCGUAGCCCUUCCCGCAUCUGUCGUCUCGUUGCCCCAGCUCCAGCGCAUCCGCCGACAGUUCAUCACCCUGAACCGCCAGCACAACCUUUCCAAAACCCGCAUUCGGGACCUCUUCGUCGACUACCUGAACGAUGCAUUCGAAGCCGCCUGA